AUGGGCAGUGCCGCAUCUGCACACAAGGGCGCCAUAGCCAGUUCGAGCGCAGAGGAUCUGAAGGAGACGGUCGCAGGAUUUUCGGAAGACGAACGCAAGAAGAUCCUCGAGGCGUUAGCCUCGAUCGAGUCAGGUGCUUCCGCACCAUCACUGGAAGCAAUCGCGGGAUCCUACACAGCGCAUGCCAGCGAUGGCGAUUGGGGCGAAUACAGCAUCGUAGUCAAGGUCAACAAGGACGCCAGCAUGACGAUCGCGACAUCGGCAUGCUUUUUCCGUGAUAGUCCGGAGACUUGUACCAAAGAAGAGGGCACAGGCACGCUUGAUGGCGACAUUCUGGUCUUCACUUCCUCCCAGUUGACGGAAUCCCAAGAGGGAACCGGCGCCAAGGAAGCAUCCACCACAACGAAAACUUCGAAAUCGACGUUCCGAGUUCAGCCGGACGGUGCCCUGGCGAAACUGGAUGCUGAUGGUGCAGUGGCGAAGAUCCAAGGAGGUUAUGGCGGUGAGCCUCAACCAGCCAUUCUUGCAAGACAGUCGUGA